AUGGAUGCCGGACCUUCAACUUCGACCGGCGGCUUCACCGAUGACAGGUCCGGAGAGACAUCAACUCUUGAAGGUCUGGGAGAAAUAUAUGACCAGACGGAACUAGAAGAUGAUAUUUUGGGCAACAUCGAUGAACAAAUGAGCGCGCGGGAAAGAAUCGAUCAGGACAAACGGCUGCAAAAUAUCGCUGAAGAGCUGAAGCAAACGAAACUGAGAAUUAAAAUCAUAGACGAUCACUUGAACAGCGUGAAGGAUGAGAAUUCCCUGACUAAGAGCGUCCGGAAGAACAUACAGAUGAUUAAACGAGAAAAGGAAAACAGGGAGAAACAAGUUAAGAAACUGGAAGCGAAGCUUCGCAGUCUGAAAAUCUAUCUCGGUCAUGAAGACAUCCCCAACUCAGAAGAUGUUGACGACGAGAUUCGGCAUCAGCUGCAAAUGCUACUCGGCGAUGAAGAGACGGAACACGACAAGAAGAUCAAAAACGGAGAGAUGACUCCUUUCGGAACGUUUCGAGCUCUCAAGCUACCGGACGUGGAUCUCUUCGAUCAAUUCUUGGAUGAGGAAAUCGGCAACGGGAAGAAGCAGCAGAGAAAGAAACUAUCGAAAUGCGAGCCGAGUCUGCCGAAGCAAACUUUAAUGACAGCUGCCAAAGCUGAGAAGAGAUCAGCGGAAGUCGGCACCGAUUUUACGCUGCUCAGGCCGAGGAAGAAGAAGCGCCUCACCGGAGCGCUCGGCUCCGCAACAGAGUAUGUUCGAGAGAGAAGAUUGAGGCUAGACGAUGUCUCUCGUGAAGAAGGAUCUCAAUCACCAAGAGCCGAAGACCAUGAUCAAUCGAUCGAUGAUUCCGAUUAUGAUCCUCAGAAGGAGCCAGAAAGUAGCGCCGAGUCAGACGUAGUCUGUGAUGAUGAUGAUGAUGACGACGGUUUUGACGAGCACAUCGGAAAGAGAUUCAAACAGGGGUGCUAUGACGACGGUGACUCGAAGAUGUACGAGGCGAGGCUCAGGGGUCUAUCCGAGGAUAGCGACUGCAGCGAUGAGGACGUUGAUGAAGAUUUCCGAAUGCCGACUUCGUUAUGGAAUAAGCUUUACAAAUAUCAGCAGACCUGUGUGAAAUGGCUCUGGGAACUCCAUCAGUUCAAAUGCGGCGGCAUUAUCGGUGACGAGAUGGGUCUCGGGAAAACUAUCCAAGCCAUCGCUUUCUUGCGUGGACUUCGCCACUCGAACACGAAACUGCCGGGCGAGGCUUUCCGCGGACUCGGACCAAUUAUUCUGGUCACUCCUGCUACCGUGAUGCAUCAGUGGGUUAAGGAGUUCCAUAAGUGGUUCCCCAGGCAACGAGUGGGUGUGCUUCACAAUUCCGGAUCGUAUUCUGGGAGGAAAAAAUCGACACUUAUCGACGAAAUUCACAGUUCUAAAGGCACCCUCAUCACAUCUUAUCAGGGAAUCGUUAUGUAUCAAGAUGACCUGAUCCACCAUCAUUGGCAUUACAUUAUCCUCGAUGAGGGUCAUAAAAUUCGGAACCCGGACGCUCAAGCAACGCUAGCUGUGAAGCAAUUCCGAACACCGCACAGGUUGAUCCUGUCUGGAUCCCCAAUACAGAACAAUCUCCGGGAGCUGUGGUCAUUAUUCGAUUUCGUAUUCCCUGGCAAGCUCGGGACAUUGCCCGUGUUCAUGGCCGAGUUCGCCGUUCCGAUAACACAUGGUGGCUAUGCCAACGCGACAGAGACUCAGGUCGCUGUGGGAUAUCGAUGCGCCACCAUUCUGCGGGAUACGAUAAAACCAUAUUUGCUGCGUCGAAUGAAGAGCGACGUGAAGACGAGCAUCAAUCUACCACCCAAAAGCGAGCAGGUGAUCUUCUGCAAACUGACAGAGAGGCAGCGUGAUCUCUAUCGAGAAUAUGUGGAGAGUCAUGAGGUGAAGAAGAUCCUCGAUGGGAGGAUGCAAAUUUUCGUGGGCUUGGUCAAUUUGCGGAAAAUCUGCAACCAUCCCGAUCUUUACGACGGCGGUCCUGAUAAAGAUAUAAUCACUUCAUCCCGAAAGCCAGGAAGCUCGUUCGGGUUUUACAAACGGUCCGGAAAGCUGAUGGUGGUGGAAGCCCUAUUGAAGCUAUGGAGCAAACAGAAGCAAAGGGUCCUGCUGUUCACGCAGUCUCGACAAAUGCUUCGCAUACUGGAAGAAUUCGUGCAAAACCGCCAUUACACCUAUCUGUCCAUGGAUGGGAGCACUGCGAUAUCCACGAGACAGCCAGCUAUUGAUAGAUUCAAUCAGGAUAGUUCCAUCUUCAUUUUCCUCCUGACGACGCGUGUUGGUGGUCUUGGCGUGAAUCUCACGGGCGCGAACCGUGUCAUAAUCUACGAUCCAGACUGGAACCCGAGCACAGAUAUGCAAGCGCGCGAGAGAGCCUGGAGGAUCGGGCAACAAAAAGAUGUCACCGUGUAUAGGCUGAUGACUGCAGGAACAAUCGAGGAGAAGAUCUACCACAGGCAGAUCUUCAAACAGUUUCUCACAAACAGGGUUCUAAAGAACCCCAAGCAGAGGAGAUUUUUCAAAACCAACGAAAUGUAUGAGCUAUUCACGCUCUCAGAAGAUGUACAUAAGGAAGAACGCACAGAGACUUCUGAUAUUUUCGCCGGAACAGGCUCGACAGUAGACAGGAAGCGUCUGAAAGCUCUCAAUAAACAGAAACGUCAAGAUGAAGAGACCAGAAGGCAACGCAUGAGAGAAUUGGCUAAGAAACUCAGCCAGAAAAUCGGGUCGGGGGAGAAAAUCGUCGCAGCUGACUUCGACCGCGGCCACGAAGUCAACACUGUUCGAGUCGACGGCGUCGAGAUCGAGGGAGCCGCCCGGAAAUCACGCUACAAAGAUGACUCGAUCGAUGAUCAGGGAGAUGCCAGCAGGGCAAACAACGACUACAUCUUGGCGAAGCUCUUCAAAAACAGCAAAGUUCACUCGGUCAUGAAGCAUGAUAAAAUAAUGGAAUCUGCGGUGCCCGACGGGAGCCUCGUCGAAUCUGAAGCAAACCACGUGGCUCAAGAAGCCAUAAAGAAGUUGAAAGAAGCCAGGCGACUUUGCUACAGCGCGAGCGACGGCGUUCCAAAUUGGACGGGACGCCACGGGGGCUUCCGAGGGAAGAAGAAGGUGCUCUUCGGCACGAAAGUUCUGAAGAAUCUGCCGGCAUCGACACUCCCGAAGGACGCCAAGAAAGACAAAACGAUGACUGGGUCUCGCAAGAAGAAGGAUGCAUCGCUCUUCAAUUACAAUCCCGAAAAGUUGAACUCACAGAAAGUGGCUUCCUCUGCUGAUCUCAUGAAACAACUCCGCACUCGGACGAUCUGUGAUGCUGAUAUCGAGAAAAUAUCCGAUGAUGAAGGACAGGGAAGUAGUGCUGCAAGCGGAGCGUCGCAAAGGAAAGAAUCCCUAUCUAUCUCAGGCGUCGAUAGGCUCCUCGCUGAUAUACGGACAUUCAUCGCAAUCGAAUCUGACGUGAAUGGACAAGCUACGACUAGCGAGAUCGUGAGCCGUUUCCGCGAAACGGUUUCGAAGGACAAAGCGACUUUGUUCAAGUCUCUCUUGAAGAAACUCUGCGAGUUCCAUCGAGAGAACCAGGGAGUGUGGAAAUUGCGGCCAGAAUUUCGGUAG